AUGAAGAAUAACAAUAAGCCUUUGAAGUGGGCUACUCAACGUAUCAAUGCCAACAAAUCCACAUACCGUGUCAACAAGCGCACAGCAUUGAACAUCACUACACGUACAGGCAACAGCACCACCACUGCCGCUACUGCUGCUUCUGCAGUCUUGACAGCUGAAACUGAAAAAAAUCCACAUCAAGAAAUUGAACGCUUACAAAAGGAAAUUGCUUUCACCUAUGACAAUGUUGCAACCAUCACUGUUCAUUUCGAAAGUCUUCAUCAUGCCUACAUUUGCAGCAAGCCAGAGCUGGAAAAGUCAAAAUCUGCUACUCGUCUUGGUGAAAUGGAAAAGGAGCUCUUGACGGCAUACGAUGAUUUGGGUCUUCAGGUGACUCAUUUGGAACGCAAGAUUGCUAAGCUCGAGAAAAGACUCGCCCAGUUGAAGGAGAUUGCAGAAUCAACCAAAAAGCCAACAGCACCCGUUCCCGCUACACCAGCACCUGUUAAACAAGAACAACACCAAUCACAACCACAACAUCAACUACAGUAUGCCUCUCCUUUGAUUUACGAUGAAUUAAACUUAAUUUCAUCCCCUUGCUCAUCAACAGAUUCGUCGAUCUCUGAAUGCCCAUUGGAAACCUCGGGGUUUUAUUGUGAUGAUUGGGCUUUAUCGCAGAUCAUUGAAGAUCAAGCCAUCUUGUUUGACAAUACCUUCCAGUUCAUGCCUGCCAACAACAAUUGCAUGGAUUACCUUGGCUGUGAAGAGUUACUAGCAUAUCCCUCAUUCAUUAUGCAGUAG